AUGAGAAGUAACAGCUAGUAAUAAUAAUCAACAUAAUAGUUAAAAGAAGUAUUUAAAUUUUAAUAUCAAGACAAUUCAUAAAUUACAAUAAAGAGAUGCUUCAUAUAGAUUGGAAAUUGCAAAGUUAAAAAAAUAAUUAAAUGAAAGAGAUCAUGAAUACAAAUUAGCUAUAGAUGAAUUGUAAGAAUUAAAAAGAAUUUAGCAAAGAGUAUUUGAUAAUUUAUAUUUUAAGGAUAAUCAAUAUAUUAUGAAAAUAGACAAUUAUGUUAUGAACUUAAAAUAAAAAUUGCAUAAAGCAAAUAUUAAAAUAGGUUCUCUUGAAUCAAAAUUAUCAUCAUCAAGAGCUAAAUAAAUAUCAUCAUAAGAAGAUAUUAUAAAUAAUAAUGAAACCUUUUAAACAGAAAUCUCACAAAUAUCAAAUCAUUAGCCUAUCAUUAAAUAAUAAUCAAAUCGUUCCAAUUAAACUUAUGCUUCAAAUAAACCAAAAUUAAUUUGUAAACCUGUUAAAUUUUAACUGCCAUACCCAAAUACAGGAUUUACAGAAAAUUAAGAUAUUAAUGAAAACUGUUCCUUUAUCAAACCAAGUCCAUUAUAAGAAUAAAUUUUGAAUAGAAUUCUAGAUGAUGAAGAGUUCUCUACAAAUUUAUCCUAAAAAUUAACUUAAUUCUAAAGUUAAUCUUUCAAUUCAUAAAAAAAUAAAACAUAACCAAUUACAUUCAUUUGUAAUUCUAGAUAGAGUAACUUUAGUUUUGCAAAUAGUGAAAAGAAACCAACAAAUUUAGAUAAAAUUGCAAAAGGAUCUAAUCGAUAGUGUAAUUAUUAUAUUAUAUAAAAAGAUCACUCUGUUUCAACAGAUGAUAAAGAGAAUACGCUCUAAUAUUUUAAUUGA